AUGUCAAGUGACCGUUCCAUAUUGGACAUUGACCUAGCAAAGUUUACCACACAGAAACAGGUGUCAGCACUGUUCCAACUAUGGAAGAAGGAACAUGGACGGGUCUACCACAACCAAGAAGAAGAUGCAGAGAGACUUGAGGUUUUCCAUAAGAAUUUGAACUAUAUCAGGGACAUGAAUGCAAACAGAAAAUCAACCCAUUCCCAUCGUUUGGGGUUGAACAAGUUCGCUGACAUCACCCCUGAAGAGCUUGGCAAAAUGUACUUGCAAGAUCCGAAGGAUGUGUCAGAGCUGAUCAACCUAGCCAACAACAAAAUGAAGAAGAAAGAACUCUCUUGUGACUAUCCACCUGCAUCCUGGGACUGGAGAAAAAAGGGUGUCAUCACAGAAGUUAAACACCAAGGGGAUUGUGGAAGUGGAUGGGCAUUUUCUGCGACGGGAGCCAUAGAAGCAAUAAAUGCAAUAGUUACAGGCAAGCUUGUUAGCGUUUCUGAACAAGAAAUCAUAGAUUGUGCGGAUAAAGCCAACGGUUGUAAUGGUGGAUAUCACUUCCAUCCGUUCGAAUGGGUUACAGAAACUGGAGGGAUUGCCACUGAAGUUGAUUAUCCUUAUACAGCAAAAGAUGGUACCUGCAAAGGCCGUGAGACACCAAACGCGGUUACUAUUGAGACUUUUGAUGGUCUAGUAAUAACACAUGAUAGUACAGCAGCAGAGACAGAAAAAGCACUAUUGUGCGCCACCCUUGAACAACCAAUUAGUGUGGCCAUGGACGCAAGAGACUUUUUCUUCUACACCGAAGGCAUAUAUGAUGGAGUAAAUUGUUCAAGUCCGUAUAGAAUAAACCACUUUGUUUUAAUUGUGGGUUAUGACUCAUUGGAUGGUGUAGAUUACUGA